AGUUCAUGUGUCUUCUUUUCUUUUACACGCAUCGCAUUUUUGUUCCCCUCUACACCGCACGUGUUUCAUCUCGCGUUUUUUAGCCUAUUUAGCGAAGCGUUUUGAUUUAUACCGACUGCAAACAGCCACAGAUAGAAACCGCCUCUGCUCGCUUUUCUUUAAUCGGGAGAAAUAGUCAAUUAUGUCCGGACAAAGGAACUCAUUUGAACAAAGUAAACGAAACUGAAAACGGCCAAAGCUUAAGCCUCUGCCUUUAACACAGAUAAAGAAUGGGAAAGAAGAGGGGGAAAAACAGGAGCUUCAGAGAGGAUGAGGACAUUGAUCUGUCUGGUCCAUCCUGCAGACAUAUCAGGAAAGGUACUGACCAAACUCUUCUGAAGAAACUGUCUGCUGUUUCUGAUUGGACCAAUUGUCAAGAUUGUAAGCAUGAGGAGAAUAAAGAAAAUAUCUGCCAGACUGAACCAGAGGAAUCAGAGGAAAAGGAAACCGUUGGCGUAUGGAUGUGCUUGAAAUGUGGGCAUAGGGGAUGCGGGAGGCAUUCUGAGAACCAACAUGCCAUCAAACAUUAUGAAACUCCUCGCUCAGAUCCACAUUGCCUGGUGGUUAGUUUGGACAACUUGAGCGUAUGGUGUUACCUAUGUGAUGAUGAGGUCACAUAUUCAAGUACAGGGCAACUGGCACAGCUGGUGAAAAACCUGAACAAGCAGAUCUCCACAGAUCCCAUGAAGAGACCACAGAAAAGAGUGAAAGAGGAUGUGGAUGUGUUGGAGGUUAAACAGGAGACAGAAACUGUAAACCCAGAAGAUGGUGAGGACAAGGAAAACAAAGACACCAGGAAUAAACAGCGGAAAAACAUCAAAAAAGAGAAUGUUGGAAAAUCUCCAACCCACAACACAGUUGAAGAAAAUGACAGUGUUCCAGUCAAAGGGCUGAGCAACCUUGGAAACACUUGUUUCUUCAACGCAGUCCUGCAGAAUCUUUCACAAACUCAGCUUCUGAGACAAAUCCUCAACAAAAUAACAGAAGAGAAAAUUAUCCUCGACAUUCAACCUGAUCCCUCUUUGGGUCUGGAGCCUAUAUCAGUGCCAUUAGAUCAGCCUGGAUCUCUAACAUUGGCUAUGUGUAAACUACUCAAUGAGAUCCAGGAGUCCAAAAAGGGUGUGGUAACGCCGCGCGAGUUGUUCUCACAAGUUUGUAAAAAGGCUGCCAGGUUUAAAGGAUUUCAGCAGCAAGACAGCCAGGAGCUGCUGCGGUACCUGCUGGAUGGGAUGAGAGCUGAGGAGCUUAAAGCACUAUUAGCUGUAGAUGGCCCUCAGACCUCAGAGCGUGUGCUGGAGAGGGUUGUACCAUCCCUUUUUGCUGGAUAUGAUGACGCUCAUUACUCCCUCACUUUCUUUCAGAUUUCUGUUGUCACAGAGAUGUUUUUGGAUCUCUCUCUUCCUGUUUCCGAUGAGGCCUACAGAAAGAAAAACCCCAAAAAAGGAAACCCUAAGACCAGUGAGUCAAGUCAGGAUGGUAGAGAGAGCCCUGAUUUGACCAAAGGGAAUGAGGACACUUCAAUUGGAUCCGGUAGCAAAUAUCAACAAAAAAAAGCUAAAAAGCAGGCAAAGAAGCAAGCCAAGCAUCAAAAACGGCAGCAGAAGCUUGAAACCAUAAAGACUUUAGGAAAUCUGACAUUUCCAAGCGAUGCAAAUGGUGAACCAACUGAUGUCACUGAACAUCCAAAAGACGCAGAGAACGUGGACGAUGCGCCAUGCGACGAAGCCUCAUUGAAUGAACAAGAUCCUGAACCUGUCUGUGUAUCUGAGCAGGAUGAGGCUGUCGAGCAGGAGAAAGAGGAGGACAAGGAUUCAGUGACUGACAGUGUCUCGUUAGCCGAUUCUCCUGUCAGUAACCGUUUUAAUGUCUUGUCAGAGGAACAGCACUCGCAUGACGGCGCUUCCUGUAAUGAAAUGUCGAACGCGGAUCUGGAAGGAGAACUGGACAUGCAGCUGGCAAAUAAACUGGAACAGGUGAAUUUAGAUGACGCAUUUAUAGACCCUGAUGCCAUGGAGCCGGCCGCGGAGAGCGAAGACGAAGCUGCAGAGGAUAUGGAAUAUACAGUGAUAAACCAAGACCCAGAGACGGCCUUCGACACGCUCUCAACCAGGACAAGCCCAGAGAAACAGGAGUGUUCGGUGCAGUCUUGCCUUUUUCAGUUCACCGAAGUGGAAACUCUCACACAGAACAACAGCUUGCUGUGUGUCACCUGCACCAAGCAACGUAGGAGGAAAGAAAAAGCUGGAGGAUCUGAAAAAAACAUCUACACCGACGCCUUAAAGCAAAUGUUGAUCUCCUCCCCACCACCUGUACUUACCCUUCAUUUGAAAAGAUUUCAGCAGAAUGGAUACAGCAUUUGUAAAGUGAACAGACAGGUUCAGUUUCCUUUGAUUUUGGAUCUUGCUCCUUAUAGUUCAACCAAAUGCAAGAAUAUCUCUGAAGGAGACACUCAGAUUCUGUAUAGCCUGUAUGGCAUCGUAGAGCACAGCGGGACCAUGAGGUCAGGCCAUUACACCGCCUAUGUAAAAGUUCGACCUAACUCUCUUAAAUCUCCAUUAAAUGAUAAAAAAGCAGAUGCAGAGCCCCCUAGAGGAUCCUGGUUCCACAUCAGUGAUACAAGUGUUCAACCUGUCAGUGAAAGUAAAGUUCAAAGCUGCCAAGCCUACCUCCUCUUCUACGAAAGACUCCUCUAACUUUUUUGUCCAUAUGUACUCAGGAAAGACUGACCAAACCUGCUGCUUCAAAUUAAACUGCACAAGAAAUCUCAUUCAGGACUUUGAAACUGAUUUUGUUUUGAGUUCAUUAGUGUAGGUGCUCUGCUGAAUAUGUGAGUAAUUUUACUCAUAAUUAACAUUAAAUCAACCAGGAGAGGUGAAUGAAUAUCUAUAAAAUGUAUAUCUGUCAUUUACAGGGCUGCCAACUUUUCACCUUGGGGUGAGAUAUUGAAAUAGUUUUGACAGGAAACCUGUCAGGGUUACAUGAGGAUAGGUGCAGCUAUAGGUUGGAGGAUUUCAGAGAAUUUAACUGAAACAAAGUGGCAAAAUGUGGAAUUUUUAUAGCACAGUAAAUCUUACUGAGUAACAACUGGUCUGUAGUUAUGUGUAUCAUUUUUCUCACAAUAUACAUUAUUUUCUACAUUCUUGUGUGUUUUUUUGGGUGAAUUGAAGUAAAGCAGAAUGGGCCCUACCAACAUACUUGCAUCUUAAAAAUACUUUAAACUAAGAAUUUCACAACUUUGCUCAUUAAUUAUUCUCUGCAGUUUAAGUAAAUUAAACAACGGGGAACCAAUAAGCUAUUACUGGAUUACUGACACUGAUGCAGGAACCAGAGCAAUUGAAACCUAUGUAAACUACACUGUGUAUGAAUAUUUGGUAAUGGGCUAAGGAUUAAAAAGCUGCGUUCAUUCUGUUAUUAGUUUUUCUUACAAUUGGCAAAAUGGCUAAACAACUCAGACCUUCUAAGAGGCUGUAGAUUAUAUAAAAACUCACCAUGACAGGAGACGGCACUUCUCUGGAUGUUUCAUUUGAAAGAUGUGAUGGAAAUAAAGUUUUUACACAUAUUCAAUGGACCAAAUUAAAGAUAAAUGA